GCAGCGACGUGCUUUUCGUUCUGUGUCUGCUAUACCAGCUGUUAGUUUUUGUGUUGACUCCGUCGGAAUAAAGACAAUCUUUCGGUCGCUCCGUCGUUGCUGGCCUCGGUCCUUGUGUUUUGCUUGAGUUUCUUACCAUCGUACACCUAUAGAUACUGGUUCUGGGUCCUCUUCAAGCGUGUUCCAAAAAUAGCAGCAAAAGAGUAUCACCUAUCAAAGAAGAAAAAUCGUGAUCCGCCGCUACGGAUUGUGGGUGACAGUGCUUAUGGAUGGACAAUCCACCGGGAAGCUGCGAAGUGCACAGAAAGUGAUCCAAGAGAAAAGAAAAAAGUGAAGACGCGCCCAUAGUGCGUGUGGGGCAGUUGUAAUAAUAGCAGCAUCAGCAUCCAGUUAAACAGAAGCAACAACAACGAUGGCACUGCACCAGAACAGCCAGGAGGUCGGCGUGCAAGAUUUUGUACUGCUCGAUGUGGUGACCAUGGAGAACUUCAUGGCUAACCUGAAGAAGAGGUUUCAAGCCGGCAAAAUCUACACAUACAUCGGCGAAGUAUGCAUUUCCAUGAAUCCGUAUCGCGAGAUGAACAUUUACGGUCCGGAGCAAGUCAGCCGCUACAAAGGGCGGGAACUAUUCGAAAAUAUGCCGCACAUAUUUGCCAUCGCCGAUGCCGCUUACCGGGUGCACAAACAAAGAAAUCAGGACACCUGCAUAAUGAUUUCCGGCGAAUCCGGAGCGGGCAAAACAGAAGCCUCAAAAAUUAUUAUGAAAUACAUCGCCGCCGUCACGAACCAGGGCCAGCAGAACGACAUCGAAAGGGUGAAAAACGUCCUCAUCCAGAGCAACGCCAUCCUGGAGUGUUUCGGCAACGCCAAAACCAAUCGCAACGACAACAGCAGUCGCUUCGGCAAGUACAUGGACAUCGAGUUCGACUACAAGGGCGAUCCGAUGGGGGGCAUCAUCACAAACUACCUGCUGGAAAAAUCGCGGGUCAUACAGCAGCACCCGGGCGAACGGAACUUCCACUGCUUCUAUCAGUUACUGCGAGGGGCAUCCGACGCCGAGCUGAGGCAGUACCAACUGACGCGGGAUCCGGCCCAGUUCCACUACACCAACCAGGGCAGCGUAGAGGUCCUGUCGGAAAAGUUGGACUAUCGGGUCACCACAGCCGGUCUCAAAGCCCUCGGCUUCAGCGGGGACGAACUCACGAUGGUGUGGCGGAUUGUGGCCGCCGUACUGCAUCUAGGAAACAUCAACUUCAAGACCCAAGAUGACCAAAUCCAGAUAGCAAACCGCAAGACCCUGUCGACAGCAGCGCAGCUUCUGCACGUUACCGAAGAGGAGAUGCAACGGUCCCUGACGGAGCGAGUGAUUGCAGCACGUGGCGAGAUCAUGACCAAAACGCACGACAUCGAACAGGCCGAAUUUGGACGAGAUGCGCUAGCCAAGGCCGUGUACGAUCGCCUCUUCACGUGGAUAAUCCAACGGAUCAACAAAGCCAUAGUGGUUCCCGGAGGCAAUACCCAGAAACGGUACAACCGCGUUAUCGGGGUGCUGGACAUUUACGGUUUCGAAAUCUUCGAUCAGAACAGUUUCGAGCAGUUCUGCAUCAACUAUUGCAACGAGAAGCUGCAACAAUUGUUCAUCGAGUUAGUGCUGAAACAGGAACAGGAGGAAUAUCGCCGGGAGGGCAUCAAAUGGACCAACGUGGAUUAUUUCAAUAAUCAGAUCAUCUGCGAACUAGUCGAACAACCGCACAAGGGCGUGAUAUCCAUCAUGGAUGAGGCUUGCCUAAAUGUAGGCAAAAUUACCGACGAGAUGCUUCUGGACGCCAUGGAUAAGAAACUCUCGCACCAUCCACACUACAGUAGCCGGCAGUUGAAGCCGAUGGAUAAGGAAUUGAAGCAUCGACAAGACUUCCGCAUUACGCACUACGCUGGAGACGUUAUCUACUGCAUUUACGGAUUCAUCGAAAAGAACCGAGACACACUGUUCCAAGACUUCAAGAGGUUACUUUAUCACUCUAAGGAUAACUUGAUCACUUCAAUGUGGCCCGAAGGAGCGCAGGACAUCUCGAAGACUACCAAGAGACCGUUGACGGCCGGAACGUUGUUCCAGCGUUCGAUGACCGAGUUGGUCGCAACGUUACUCAAGAAAGAACCAUUCUACGUACGCUGCAUCAAGCCCAAUGAUAUAAAAAGUGCUUCCGUAUUCGAUGAUGUUCGCGUAGAGCAUCAAGUCCGCUACCUUGGGUUACUGGAGAAUGUAAGGGUGCGCAGAGCCGGUUUCGUUCAUCGGCAGCGAUACGACAAAUUCCUGCUGCGAUACAAGAUGAUUUCUCAGUACACGUGGCCGAACUUCCGAGGGGGUUCGGAAAGGGAUGGCGUGAAGGUGUUGAUUACAGAGAAGAACUUCAGUCACGACGUUGAGUUCGGCAAAACGAAGAUCUUCUUGCGCUCACCGCAGACGCUGUUCUCGCUGGAGAAACAACGCAACGAUAUGAUUCCGCACAUUGUAACGCUGCUGCAGAAGCAGGUCCGUGGUUGGAUCUGUCGACAGCAGUACAAGAAGAUGAAGGCCGCGAUCGUAAUUAUGCGGCACUACCGCAAAUACAAGCUGAAGAGCUAUGUUCAGGAGUUGGCCAUGCGCUUUCGUAAUGCUCGUCAAAUGCGAGACUACGGCAAGGGUAUUCAGUGGCCGCAACCUCCACUGGUGGGUCGUGAAGCGGAGAAACAACUUCGUAUGCUGUUCUCCCGCUGGAGAGCGGCGACGAUAUUGCGCAAAUAUCCGCGGGAAGAAUGGCCCCAGCUUCGGCUGCAGAUCAUCGCUGCCAGUGCAUUCCGCAAGCGGCGCAAGUUCUGGGGCCAAGAUCGGCGCUGGUUGGGCAAUUAUCUCUCCAUCACGGCGGAAAAUUCCAACUACUCUUCGUACAACGCCAGUAUUAAUAAUAUUAAGAAUACGGACAACUUCCGGGUGGUGCUGUUCUCCGCGUUUGUCAAAAAGUUCAACAAGUGCAACAAAUCGGCUGAUCGGGCGAUCAUCGUGACUGACGGAGCCAUCUACAAGCUGGACGGUCCGCGGAACAAGUUCCGCAACAUGAAACGUACCGUCGCUAUCAAAGAGAUUACUUCCAUCAGUGUGAGCCCCGGUAGAGAUCAACUGGUUGUGUUCCAUUCGCAUCAUAACAACGAUCUGGUGAUAGCUUUGCAAGGUGAACAGCAUCCGUUGAAGGAAGACCGCAUUGGAGAGAUAGUAGCGCAUGUGUGUAAGCGGUAUUUCGAACUGUGCAAUCAGGACCUGCCGGUGACGGUGUCACCGACGUUCCAGCUCCGGCUAGGCAACAAGAUGCGCACGCUGAGCGUAGAGGCCGUCGCAGGCGUUGAGACGCCUGCCUUCGAACAUUCCGGUGCUGUAAUCGUUUUCAAGGUUCCUUCGUCGUACGGCAGUGCGAUCUAAAAGCCCUAAAGGUGACAUUCGUUGAUUUGAAUACAUGUGUACUGUAAAAAAAACUACUUUUUGUUCUUUCCGAUUAUAUUGUACGCGUAUUGAUGGCAGGAUCAGUAUUUUUGAGUUUCUUAAUAAUUAGAAGAUUUAAAAGUUAGGGUAAGGAGUAAUGAUGUAAUCCGCCCUACAGAAUUGUGCUUAGUUAAGGUAUCGAACAUUGAGUACAGAAGGUACUGGCAAAUGAUCAACGUACUUAUGAAAUGUGGCAUUUUUCGUGUAAUAAUUGCUCUAAUCGCUACGGAGAUUCCGUUUAGUGCCAUGGUACGGUAACAGAAUGAUUAAACAAAGUCAUCGGAAGUAAUAAAACGGCAAUAGCAUGAGACUUUGAAGGCAACAAUAGAUAGGCGCUUAUUUUUGACCAGAGUUGUGAUAUUGAGAAACGCGGAGCGAUCGAUUUCCUAACAGAUGGGUUAGGCGAGUUAUGACCAAUUUUUAUUUUUAUCAAAAAGACUACAAUAAUCAAUAUUUGUAAAUAUUUGAAUCACACACGUGCUUAACAUUGAUUGUUUAACAAAAUGAUGACGAUUACUGGAAGGCAUCUGGUUUUCGAUUGUUGAAACCUUCAACGCAAACAGGUUAAUGAAGCAUUUUUAUCUGUACAAUACUUUAAACGAAAUACAUACAAUAGGAUUAAGCUGUGCCUUCGCCGGAAAUAAUCAAAAUGGUUUUUCUAAUCCAUCAUUGUACUUUUAACUGUAAACUUUUUGAAUCAGUAAAUAAAUAUUUUAUCAUAAA